AAAAAGACAUAAAAUUCUAUUUAUUGGUAAAGUGUAUUUCCUCAUUUGGAGCUUGAACAACCAAGCAGAAAUAGUGGAGGUGUCCCACAUUUAGUCUUAUCGUGUUACUGCAAAAAGAAUUACAUGUAUAAAAAGAUUUGGAUACUUGCUUCUUCUUUCGAGUACGUUAAUUAUAGCCAGCAACUCAUUGAUAUAUAUACACUAGGCUUCAUUAUCAUUUUGAUACUGUCAAUCCUUUUCUUUAUAGAAAAACGCCUUUCUUCUCCACUCUUUCAUUGAUUAAUAAUGCCUGAAAGCAUUAACGAAGGACAGCAACCGUUUGCUGUUCAAGGUGUUGAUGAACAUCAUCUUCACCAUGAAUUUGUUACGACUACAGCUGAACAUCAUCAACAAUAUGACAAAAUAGACGAUAGUUUUGAACAGUAUUCUGAAAAGCCCGCAGCUCCAGUAAAGAAGCCUUUCUACAAGAAUAAGAAGUACUGGAUUAUAUGUUCUAUCAUUACUGUUAUUGUUAUCAUAGUAGUUGUGCUUUUGAUCUUGUUUGUUGCAUUUCCCAAGACUGCUCAAUCAACCUUGAACCAUUCCGAAAUCAAGGUCAAUACAGCUCAAAUAACAUUUGAGCCGCCCACCGAUUCUGGAGUUCAAGUUGUUGCUGGUGCUGAUGCUAACACUACUUUUUAUAUGCAUAUGGUCACUGAUCUCAAAAACACUGGUCCUUUCAGUGCAGAUAUCGAGUUUAGUGACAAUAUUCAAGUCAUUUACAACGAUACUGUGCUUGGUGCUAUCACAUUACCUAAUACACAUAUUAGUGGUGGUCGCGGCUCAAUUGAUACGGUUACACCUUUUCUUAUCACCAAUGUUGCUGCUUUCUCUGAUUUCUCUCGCUACAUGUUGGCUAACGAAAAGUUUACAUGGACAUUGAACGGCAAAGCCAAGAUCUCUGCACUUACCAGAACAGCUACUGUUGACCUCAAGAAGGACAUUACACUCGAAGGAAUGAACGGCUUCCCUCAAGUCAGAAUCAACUCUUUCCAGCUUCCCGGUGAUGCUAUGAAUGGUGGUAUUCUCAUCCAACUUGGUACAAUCCUGACCAGUCCUUCGCCUAUUGGUGUUCAACUUGGCCACAUUGAGAUGACCAUUGGUUACGAUGGUGUUGACCUUGGGCUUGUUCAUGCUGAUAAUGUAACUCUUCAAAAAGGAGAUAAUAAUAUUUUGCUUUCUGGUAUCAUGAAGUCGCAAGCAAACGAUACUACCGCUCAAGCAAAAAUCAGUACUCUUUUCUCUAGUUAUAUUGCCGGAAAGAUCUCAAACACAACAGCCAAAGGUGUUUCUGCUGCUCCAGACGGAAAAAAUCCUAUUGAUUGGCUUUCAGAAGGCCUCAAGUCUGUCACACUUAAUGUCGCCCUUGUUGCUGAUCAACCCUUGAAGAUUAUCAAUUCUGUCUCUAUGGGCUACUUGGACCUUGCUUUUAACAAGGAUUCUCCUUAUUCACCUUCAGUCAAGGCUCCUGCUGUUACUGCUGAAUUCAGUAUGCGAUUUGGUUUUGCUCUCAAUAUAACUAAAGUCACUCAAAACAUUACGCUUGGUCUUAAUAAAUCGAGUGGAUUUGAAAGCUUUGCCAUUAUGCAUGUUCCUUAUGCUCCUGCUACCAGUGAUCAAAAAGAAGGCAAGCUACAAUUCGCGAUUGAUAACUCACAAAUGGCUGGCAUUACUCGAAAAGAGGCUGUCUACAAUGAAUACACUUAUGCUUUGACCGCUUCCAACAAUUACACUUUUUUGGUUGCUGGUAACGCUACCACCAAAGUAAAUACAACCAUUGGCCCUCUUGUUUUAUCUGGCAUCAAUUUCGAAGUUCCUACUCUACUUCAUGGUCUUGAAUUCUUAAAUUCAUCUGCCACUCUCAUUAAUUCACUCGAUGUAGUUGGCCGUCAAAGUGAUCAUCUUGAAUUGUCUAUUAAUGUUACUAUGGAGAAUCCUUCUGAUUUCAGCAUUGCUGCUGGUGAUGUUACUUUUGCCAUGUUGGCUGACUCCACUAACUUGGGCGAUCGCGGUAUGAAUACAAUCUCUGCUUCUGGCCAAAAUCUAUUAAGCACUUAUGUCAUGGGUACCAAAGAAUCAACUGAUAUUGCAUCACUUUCAGGUGCACUCUCUCAAGUCUCCCUUUCCUCCAAUUUACCUGGUUUAAAAGUUGCUUUAAUUCAAGGCUCUUCCCUUGCUGUUCGUCCUACAACCCUUCAAGACGGUAUUGUUGAUGUCAAGGUCUCUAUUGCCAAUCCUUUUUCUGCCGGCCUGACUAUCACAAAGGUUGUUUCUGCAGUCACUUAUAAUGAUAUCAGUAGUAACCCUAUUGUCAUUCCUGGAAAAACAACAGUUCAAUCAACUGCUGUUGCCCUCUUGCUUCGUUCUCUUGCAGUUACUUCUCAACUGGACACACGCCCUCUUGAUGCCUUGCUUACUUUGGGUGGUUUUCAUAUUGAAGGUCAAGAUAACAUUGCAGCCGACUCUAGUCUGUUUAAUGGCUUUAACAUUUCCAAUUUUGUCAUGGAGGCUAUGAAAAGCUUAAAGGUCGAUUUGUCACUUGCUUCUGGCUUGAAUAUUGCCAAUGUUCAAAUCACAACCGAUAGCUCUGUCACCGCGCUGAUUCCUAUUGUUGUCCUUGCUUUCGAAAGCAUUGUGAUGAGCGCACCUACAGAAAGCUCUAUUACCAAGACUGGUCCUAUGGCUGCUUCUAUUAGCUUCCCUACUCCCUUGACUGUUGCAUGGCAAGGCAAGGUUCUUGGUCAAGUCGCCAUGCAAGCCAUUGAAGCCAAACCUGAUACUGGUGCUAUGUUUGAUAUCAGCGGCGAUUUUUCGAUUACGGAUGGAAACGCCAUGUCUGAAUUUGCAGCCUACAUGAUCAACAAUGUUGAUUUUAUCUGGGACAUCUAUAGCAAGGAUGUGAGCGUUACUGCUCUUGGAUUUACGUUUACCAAAAUCUCCAUGGAGAAAUUUGUCACGCUGGGAGGUGCGAAUGGUUUCAAGGAUGCUGUCAAGAUAUCUUUUUUUGAUUUGCCUAGCAAUGAUGCUGCUGGAGGCAUAACUUUGACUGCUCAAACGACUAUCAAUAAUCCUUCUCAAGUUGGAUUUAAUUUCCAAGGUGUUGGUUUUGAGUCUUUCUAUAAAGGUGUAGAUCUUGGCCCACUUGGAUCUAAUGGUGCUGCUGUUUUCCCUCCUCGUGGUGUUGCCAACUUGGCUAUGAAGGGUCGUCUUAUUCCUCGAGGUACUUUUUCUGGUAUAGCUGCUAUCACUGAAGUUUUUGAAAACUUCUUGAGUGCCAAUAGCUCUCUUUUAACUGUAAAGGGUGUUUCUGCAUCUGGUCCUAAUGGUGAUGUUCAAUGGUUAUCGGAUGCUUUCAAGACCAUCAAGGUUAAUAAUGUUGUAUUGCCCGGUCCUCCUACUAAACCUCAAUUGAUAUCUGCUAUCGACUUUACCAAAAAUCCUUUUGCUCCUCCUUCUGGCUCUCAAAAUGUAGAAGCACAACUCAAGAAUCCUUUUGGCUUCCCUCUAGGCGUGGAUGCCAACUCAAACGAUAUUCCCGAAUCACCUGCAACCACUUCAGCUGACAGCAUUGUCCAUACGGCUUUUAGUAAUAUUCCAUUCGAAGUCUACUCUGGAUCAGAAGCUCUUUUUAGUCAAUUUGUUGGUGGACUUACUCUGAUGCCUGCCAUUCCUUUUGGCCUUCAAGGCGUUGUGAGUUCUAUUGCUCAAACUGCUGUAGGUGAUUUCAAGCUCAACAAUAUCAAUUUUGAUGUUCAAACUUCUUUGAAUGGCUUUGCUAACUUUGGCGGUACCACUGAGAUUAUCUCUCUUAAGGUUGUUGGUGGCUAUGCUACAUACAUUGCUGCUGAUAUCGUUAUUGCUCUGAACAAUCCUUCGCAAAUCACAAUCACUGCUGGAGACCUUAAUUUCAACGUGAUCAUGGAUGCUACCGAAUCUUCAGUAGGUAUUGUUACUUUGAGUCAAGCAGUGAUCAAGCCUGGUAGAAACAAAAUGACUGCAAGCUUGAAAAUGACAUCGACUGACCUCUUAUCAUUGUCAAGAUUGUUGACCAACUAUCUUACGGGACAAACAACUCCUCUGACUGUCAAAGGCUCGGCGAAUUCAACCAAGAUCAUUCCUCUUCAAGGUGGUCUUUCUCAAGUGGCUCUCAAGACAAACAUGGUCGGUAUUCCUCCUCAACUUGUUGUCGAGAAUCAAAUGAAGAUGGUUGGCUUAACUCCUCAAAUCUGGGUCAAGUUCUAUAAUCCUCUCGAUACUUCUUAUACAGUUGCUGGUGUCAGUGCAAACGUCUUCUUUAUAAGCUCAUCUGGAUCCUAUUUAAACUUGGGUACUUUGGCUGGUGCUUUUAAUCCGCCUGUUGCUGUGCCUCCCAAGGGAACAGCUGUCAAUGAAAACGCAUUGAUCUUGAAAGUCCAACUUUCCAAUGCCAUUCAAUUCCUAAUGAUGCCCAGUGAUGCACGAAAAGUCGAUCUCUUUCAAAAUGUUACUGUGGUUGUUGGAAGUGAUUUCCAUGGUGGGAUGUAUUAUACGCAAAAAAAUGUUCCUGUUGUGGAUAGAGAUACAUCUGCUACUGCUCAAGCCCUUAGUUUAAUUCUUAAGAGCGCCAAUAGUACUAUGCCUUCUGUUAGUAAUAUGACUACGCCUACAACUAAACUUGCUUCCAUCAUUAGUACAACAGAAGUUACUACUGCUACUGCUACUACCACUAUUACCACAGAAACCAAUCCUACUACAACAGAAGCUACCACAAUUACCACUUCUAUUGAUGUUCCUACAACCAUUUCUGACACUCCUACUGCUACUACCACUAUUACUGAUAAUCAUCAAGAUAACACUCAAACCACUACCACUACCACUACCAUCACUACUACUACUACUACUCAAUUGAAUAAUAAUCCUACAACCGAGAAUACGGCUGUUACACCUGCAGUCGUUAUAAAUGACUUAUUCUUGCCUUUCUAAUAAAUAUUUAUAUAUAUAAUAAGAUGAAA